AUGGAGCAAAUGGAGAGGCGUUUCCAACGCAUGCUAGAACCCAUUCAAGAUGAGUUGCUGCAACUCCGAGCGUCUGGAACACCAAAAACCUCUAAGUCCAUGCGAAGGCGAAGGGACGUGGAGGAGUCGUCCGAUGGUUCCAAUAAUGAUGAUGAUGAUGAGGAACCUCGAAUUCGACCAAGGCAAAGGAACCAGACUGGACCUACCGAUGUAUUCAAGGGAAUCAAGAUGCAAAUCCCUGAGUUCAAAGGACGGUCCGAUCCCGAGGCCUUUCUCGAAUGGUUAUCCAAGAUCGAAAUGGUCUUUUCUUGCCAAAACUACACCGAGGUGCAAAAGGUGCAAUUGGCCACCAUGGAAUUCACUGAGUACGCUGUGGUUUGGUGGGACCAAAUCAAGAAGUCUAGAAGGAGGAAUGGGCUACCUGAGCUCAUUCCAUGGCCCGAGCUUCGAGCCAUGAUGCGCACCCGCUUUGUACCUGGACAUUACACUAGGGAUUUGUACCACCGGUUACAAACCUUAGUCCAGGGCAACCGGAGUGUGGAUGAGUACCACAAGGAGAUGGAGAUCCUGAUGCUUAGAGCGGAUGUACAGGAGGAUCCUGAAGCCACCAUGGCGAGAUUCUUGAGCGGGUUACGACCCGAUAUUGCUGAACGAGUGGAACUUCAACAUUAUAUGGAGUUGCAUGAGCUUGUAGACAAGGCUAUUAAGGUCGAGCAAAGGCUCAAGAGGAGGGGUAGAGGCCAUAUUGCUAGUCAAUGUCCCAAUCAAAGGACUAUGAUUAUGAUGCAAAAUGGUGAGAUCGUGAGUGAGGACGAAGCCGAGUACGACGGCAUACCACCUCUUGACGGAGGUAGUGAUGGGGAAUCGCCAAAUGAAGAGGAGUUUAGUGCACCCGAGGGUCAUUUUGGGACUGCAUUGGUUGCAAGGAGAGCAUUAACUGCACGUGUUAAGGAGGAGCUUCAACGGGAGAACAUUUUCUACACCAGGUGCUUCGUCAACCAAGCACUUUGUAGUGUGAUUAUUGAUAGUGGGAGCUGCACAAAUGUUGCUAGUUCACUCAUGGUGGACAACUUGAAGUUGCCUACAAGGGAUCACCCGCGACCCUACAAACUCCAAUGGCUCAACAACUCUGGGGAGGUUCGAGUAACCAAGCAGGUUCUUAUAUCCUUCCAAAUCCAUAAAUAUUCUGAUGAAGUAUUAUGUGAUGUAGUUCCUAUGCAGGCUAGUCACAUUAUACUAGGUAGGCCUUGGCAGUUUGACAGACAGGUGACUUUUGAUGGUGUGACUAAUAAGUAUAGCUUCUUGUACAACAGUAAGAAAGUCACACUAGCUCCCCUUUCCCCCAAACAAGUGCAUGAGGACCAAUUGAAAUUGCAACAAGAGUUUGAGAAGUAUAGUGCAAAAAGGAAAGAAAAUGAGAGAGCCGAGGCAAAAAAGGAGAGGAAAAAGGCUAUAGAUAGCUCGGCAAGUGAGGUAAAAAUCGAGGGAAAACAAAUGCUCCUGAUAAAAGCCAAGAAAGUGAGGAAGUUAAUGAGAGAUGAGCAGCCACUUCUUAUGCUUGUUAGCAAGGAAGUAGCUCUGAAUGUGCAUGAACUUGAUACUGAUAUACCUCUCGAGGACGUCCCAAGUGGAUUGCCACCACUUAGGGGCAUUGAACAUCAAAUUGACUUCAUCCCUGGAGCUUCAUUGCCAAAUCGCCCAGCUUACAAGAGCAACCCGGAGGAGACUAAGGAGUUGCAAAGGCAAGUGGACGAGUUGCUAGGCAAAGGAUGGGCACGUGAGAGUUUAAGCCCGUGUGCUGUUCCAGUCAUUCUGGUGCCCAAGAAAGAUGGUACGUGA